AUCAAGUCCUAUUUAAACACAAUACUACAAUAAAGUUUAAAUAAAGCUUAAAAUAAAAUACUUAAUAAAAAGUUUAUAGGAUGGAAAUAUUAAGUGAUGACAUUUUGCUGACAAUUUUUGAAUUUCUUGACGACGUUUCAAUUUUUAAAGUAGCAAAAGUUUCAAAAAGAUGGAAUCGUAUUAUUUCAUCAUCAACUCCUCUAAUAAGACGAGCGACACUAGCAAUUGACAUUUCUGCAUGGAAAGAUGACGCCACCAGUAGUGAUGAAAUGAUAAAAAUUUUAUCUGAAAUAUUAGAAAAAUUUUCUUUCAGAAAUUUUAAAUUGACAUCAAACUCACAUUUCAAUUCUAAGGAAAGAAGCGUCAUGAAUGUUAUUAAGCAAAGAGUUGAGAAAAUUGAAAAGCUUUGUAUUAAUAGCUUUUCUGGAGGAUUAAUGUUAUCAAUGCUAAUGUUUUCUGCAUCAACUUUAACUAAUUUAAUCAUCUCAACAAGCUUUCCAGAUGAAGAAUACGCAGGUUUUGUUGACUUAGCAAAUUUAGAAUAUUUAAAAUUAAAUUCGGUAGAUUCAAUUUUAAGAGUUUUGAAAUGUGAAAAUUUAAAGUCACUUGAUAUUGUCAAUUGCAAAGAUCGAGAAGCACUUUAUGAAUUUUUCGAGCAAUCAAAUUAUUUGCCUCACUUAAAGUCACUGACAACAUUUCAACUUUUUUGGAUGCUUGGAGAUUUGACGGAACUUCCAUUUGAGUUAGAAAACUUGGUCAUAACUAGAUUCUCAUCAAUCAGAACAGAUAUCUUGCAUGGAUUUUUACUACAACAAGCAAAAUCUUUGAAAAAUUUAACAAUUAUGGAAAAACAAAUUUCAGUCUCGACAGUCCAUUUCAUUUCAGACAACAUGAGGAACUUGGAAUCAAUAAAGAUUCAAGGAUCAUUACUGAAUACUUCGAAAAAUGAAAAUGAAUCUAAAUUGAAAAAUUUAAAGGUUAAGAACUUAGAAAUGAGAUUGGUUGCUGAUCUUUAUAAUUUUCCAGGAUCUCCAGAGUUGAAUGAAGCCAACGAUGUCCUGAAAAUUCUGUCAAAAUGUAUAAAUUUAGAAAAGUUCAAAUUUCAAGGAACUGUAAGCACUUUAAGUCCAUUUGAAUGUACCUUGAGCUUACCAAAACUUAAAUCAUUUGAAAUUGAAACCAUUAAGCAAUUUUCUUUCUGGAACUGCUUUGAACUUAACAAUUUAGAAAAUUUCGCAUUAGAAACUUUGAAUUGUUGUCCAGGAAAUAUGAAUGAGUUGCUAAACUUCCUUCCAAAGCUUCCAAAAUUGAAGAAUUUUCAAAUUAACACUUGGCCGUGCAUUAUUCAUCAGAUUAAAAAUAUGAAGGGACUCGAAAUGAAAAGGUUUAUUGAUUUAUUGAAGAAUUUUGAGUCAUUCAGAGUUAAAAAUUCGGAAAACAUGACGAAAAAGUUUUUGAAUAAUUUUAUUGGAUUUGAAUCUAAAACUUUCAAGUUACUCGCAAUUUCAUGCGAAGAAGAUGAAAAUAUUAUAGAGCAUUUCCGUAAUAACUUCAAAAAUGCAGAGUUCCAAACAAUGUUUAGCAAAUCAGUAAAUUAUAAAGCAACUGGUACAUGGCAAGAGAAAGUAGAAGAACUUGCUAAUCAUGAUGAUAACGAAGGUGCUUAUCGAGUUGAAAACAUGUACAGAAACUUUAUGACCAACGUUUUUUAUCCACAUUUUUAAAUUCCUGAAUUUCUUUUUUAAAAAUAAGUUUUAAAUAAAAAUUAACAAACUGAAUUUAAUUUUAAAUUUUUAUUGGAAAAUGAUCGAAUUUUUGCAGUUAUUACAAAUUUAGAGACACA